AUGGCCAAGAGAAUACUGAUCACUGGUGCUUCUGGACUGCUUGGGAGAGCCUUCCUGGCAACUUUUUCUGCUGAUUCAGAAUGGGAAACCCUAGGGCUGGCAUUUUCCCGUGCUGGUGACAGACUGAAGAAGGUCGACCUCACAGACCCAGACCAGGUGGCAGCAGUUGUUAGAGAGUUUAAGGUAUAUACAGAUUAUGUCUUUGAUGGGACCAAACCUCCCUAUAAGCCAGGAGACAAACCAAGCCCACUUAACAAAUAUGGACUGAGCAAGGCUGCCGGAGAGAAAGUGGUUACCGAGUCCAGUCCGGGAAAUAUUGUCCUGAGAGUUCCCAUUCUCUAUGGAAUGGUGGAGAAUCUUGAUGAAAGUGCUGUGACCAUGCUGUUCAGUAAAGUCAAGGAUGUUGGCAAACCUGCAGAGAUGAACCAUUACGAGAGACGAUAUCCCACUUUAUGUUCGGACGUGGCUGAUGCUGUCAGGGUCCUUGUUAACAGCAGAGUCAAGAGCGCUGAUCUGACUGGUAUCUUCCAUUGGAGCGGAGAUGAAAUGAUGACAAAAUACAACAUGGCCGUCACUAUGGCAGAACUGUUUGGAAUCCCUACCCAGCACAUAAUUGCCGACACCAAGCCAGCAACUGGAGCACCGCGCCCCUUCGACUGCCACCUGGAUUGUUCUAGGAUGGAAGAGCUCGGAGCCACUAAACGCACACCGUUUAAAGUUGGCAUCAAACCGGUGUUAGAAAGAUUUUACCCUUAA